AUACACUCCCAACCAGAAACCAGAAAGUAGAAAGUAGAAAGAUCUAUUCCUGAUGAAGAUUAGGAACAUUCAUUACUGGCUUUUCCUUCUCAAAAAAGCUUAGCUUAGCUUCCUCUUAAAUCUUUUACUCAUUGUUACUCAACAGCUCGAGCUUGUCUAUCUAAUCAAAUAGAACUUGUCCCUGCUUCCAUUAGCAUCAGCAUUUUCAGCAGCUCAAACUAGAUGGAGGAUUAUAUGGCGAAUGUAGUUGUAUUUGGUGUCAUUUCAUGGACAACAUUGUUCUUGAUAGCCAGAAGGAUCUUUCCCAAACGUUCGUUUGAUUUCUGCAAUCGCCUGGUCUCAACAGUCCAUGCAACUUUGGCAGUUGUUUUGGCUUGUCUUUCUGUUCAAGAUUGGAGCAGCCCCGUUUCUCCCUUGGCCUCAAAAUCUUCUCCAAGACAGAUGCAAACGCUGGCGGUGACCACUGCUUAUCUCAUAUAUGAUCUGGUCUGUUGCCAGUUUGACAAGAACGUCAAGAUUGAUAAUGCAGUUCAUCAUUUAGUCACUAUUAUCGGACUUGGAGCAGGCCUUGCCCAUCAGAGGUGUGGAACAGAAAUGGUGGCAGCAUUAUGGAUUACGGAGAUAUCCAGUCCAUUUCUGCACUUGAGGGAGAUCCUCAAAGAGCUGGGCUACAAAAACACGGACUUCAAUUUGGCUGUUGAUAUCUUGUUUGCAAUCGUCUUCACAUCCGCAAGAAUGAUUGGUGGACCAUAUCUCACUUACGUGACUCUCUCCGCCGACAAUCCGCUGCUCAUAAAGGCAAUGGCUCUGGGGCUGCAGCUUGUCAGUGCUUUCUGGUUCUACAAGAUUGCAAAAAUGGUUAUGUACAAACUAUCCAGACGGACGUCAUCCAGAAGGAUGCAGUCAAGCUAGCCCCCUUGCCGGAAGUUCAGCGCCUUCAUACUCUCUUGACUCCAAGAAAUUCUACAAUUACUUCUAAAGUGCUUCAAAAAGUUUUGAAGUUUGAUGAGAGCUGACAUUUCAAGAGGUGGUUAUACACCAGUCAAUCAUAUCAUACAGUUUUCAAAUUUUUAAUGUCAUUCCUAUAAAAAGCGGCACAUCUUUGACACUAUCAUAAAGAUGAUCAAGGUUUUCUGGUA